AUGUUUACUCUGUGCAAAGGCUAUAGUGAUGAUGAAGAGGAGGAAAGUAAUACUGUUAAUGUAGUUUCUGAAAAAACAAAAUCAUUGGAAGAAAAAAUUGCUUAUUAUAAAUUGAAAGGGCAUACUGAAAGAGGUUACAUAACUAUAUAUACCAAUCUAGGUGACUUUGAAGUAGAAUUAUAUUGGUACCAUAGCCCCAAAACAUGUUUAAAUUUUUAUACAUUAUGUGAAAUGGGUUUCUAUGAUAAUACAAUAUUUCAUAGAGUUAUACCUAAUUUUGUUAUACAAGGUGGUGAUCCAACAGGAACAGGAAAAGGUGGAAAAAGUAUAUAUGGUGAAUAUUUUGAGGAUGAAAUAAAUAAAGAAUUAAAACAUACAGGAGCUGGAAUAUUAAGUAUGUCCAAUAAUGGACCCAAUACAAAUUCAUCUCAAUUUUUUAUAACAUUGGCACCUUUGCCUCAUUUAGAUGGUAAACACACAAUAUUUGCAAGAGUUAGUAAAAAUAUGGCUUGUAUAGAAAAUAUUGCCUCAGUGCAAACAACUGCAACGAAUAAACCAAUUUUUGACUUGAAGAUUUUACGAACAUCAACUGCUGUAAAUGUUGACUAA